AUGGUCCCUACUACAUGGGGAAACGCUAAAGGUGUAAGAAAAAUUUUCGCACUUUUAACUUAUAAGAAAUAUGACAAGCCGUUUUGUCGCCUUUUCAUUUCUGUAUCGCCCACCAGUGGGGCACACAACAGAGAAUUGGUGAGAGGCGGCGCUAUUAACACGUCAACGCAGCUAAUUGUAAAAUGCGUGAGUGACACAUAUAAGUCCAAAAACUUCAGUAAAAUAAAAUGGGACUGUAUAAACAAUGAUAUAUUAAAAAAUUUGGACAAAUUUCACGUAAAGGAAAUAUUAAAAAUAGUGAGCAUUGUAAGCCGACUGCAUUCUGGGAAAAGCAUUUUGACGCAAUUUAUUCCUGUAGUGAAAGGCAAAUUAUGCAGCAUGAAUUAUGAUGACGUCGUAAGGAUAAUGUCUUCUUACGUAAAGGCGAAUAUUAAGGAUGAUUUAUUUUAUGCCGAUUUGUGUGCAGUUGUUAGGAAGUACUAUCAGCAUGUAGAAGCCCCCUGGCUAAUAAACCUUCUCUUUAAUAUUAACAUGUGCAAUGUAAAAAAUGACAAUAUCAGAUGUGUGGAAAGGGAGCUAUUGGACCAUCUCACGGAACAUAUUCCCUUUGAUGGAUUAGCGAAUGGAUGUUCGUCUGGAGCAGAGAGCGAACAUUCUAGGAAAGGAGAACCCCCUAAAGAGAGAAAAAAUAACUCCAAGGGGAACAAAUUGGAGGAAGUAGACGAGAAGUACAUCCCACGUACUAAAUUGUACGACGCGAGGAAGUAUGACUUGAUAUUGUUUUUCUACUCAUUUAGCAAUUAUGUAUUUAUGGAUUAUUUCAAAAAUGCGGAGAGCUCUUCACUUCGUCACCAUUUUGCAAAAAAACUAGAAAGGUGUCAUGAUGCCGUCAGGAAAGUUAGUCAGUCAAAUGAGGAAAGACUCUUGAGGGAAUCCCCUCCAUUUUAUUUAUUUCUACUCUACAAGGCCAUCUUAAAUCAGAUAUACAUACUUGAAGGAGAGGCCACAAGUACAAUACUGCUGGAUAUGGUUAAGGAUAAAAUUAAGAAGGUCAUGGGGAGACUAGAAAAUAGGGAAAUCUCUUCCAAAAGGGGGAAAACAAAUGAAAUUGUAAAAUAUAUAAAUAUAUUACAACAGAAUUUAUUUCCUUAUUCACAGAAUAGAAAGAACUUCUUUCUUUGCCAUUUCGAAAAUAACCUUGAGCUGGUUAAGGUGCUCUUAUCCAUCUUACAGGAAAGUAACCACAGCGACAUGAACAGAUAUUACUUAUGGCAUAGAGAAAAGGUGCAAGAGGUGCAGAAAAUUAUAAGGCUAAUUGAAAUGGAGUAA